AUGUUUAGGAUUGCUAGAAGGUUUUAUUACUCUAAUGGAGUUGAGCAUGUAGCUAGCAAUGGCUUGCGGCCGUUACUAUACGGUAAGAACUCGGUGCAGUACAAGGUACUGGACAGGGCACUAAAGAAGCAUGUGAGUCGGGAAGGGUUCAAUGAGCGUGCGAUAGUGAAUGCAGCCAAUGAUUUAGGAUAUUCGUCAUCUAUUAUAUGUGGCUUAAGUGCUUUCAAUUCGCCUAGCGUGUUAAAUGUGCAGUCCUCGGUGUUAGAGCUAGUGAAAUUUAAUUUGGUAACGAAGAGAGUUCAGCUUCAGGAGGGCCUGAAGGAGGAUACGACUCUGGAGGACUUGUUUUUGAAGCGUGUGGAAGCUGAUAUGCCAAUUGCGGGCCAGCUGAGCCAGAUGAUGUCGAUUUUGGCUGUCCCAGGACAGUUUUUGGUUGAUACUGGUCUGCCUGAGCUGUUUCAGCUGUCGGAUGAUAUGAUCUACUUCUCUGUGGAGAAGGACCACAACGACUUGGCGUGGUACUCGAAGCGCAUGGCGGUGUCAAUGGCGUAUGUGGCAACGAACCUGUUCAUGACGAGAGAUAAAUCGCCAGGUUUCCAGGAAACGAUGGACUUCGCCAGGACCCGGCUGCGCCAGGUUGAAGAGAUGGGCACUAUGUACAAUAACGUCGAGGAGUUUGCCUGGUUCCAGCUCAUGAUGAGCAUCAACUUGGUUAAGUCCCAGCUUUCUCGAGGAUGA